AUGAGUUUAAAUUUUAGCGAUGACGAUGAUGUAAUAAAUGAAGAAGUUGAUGAUACACAAAAGAGCGAUAAAAAUCAUUCGAAUUUGGGUUUUAUGAACGAUGAAAGGAAAGAAAAAGAAAAAGAAAAAGAGAAGGAUUAUGGUAUGGAAAAAAAAAAACCAUUUCAUAAUUAUGAGAAUAACCCUUUUUCAAAUAUGAAAUUAUCAAGGGAAUAUUUCGAGAAUGUACAAGAGAUGGAUGUAAACAAUGAGGAGAAUUAUAUUGGACCUGAUGAAGGAAGCGAAGUUGAAUUAGAGGGAAAGAAGAAGAAAAAAAAAAGUGUGAUAUUUCAAUUGAAAAAUUUAUUUAAUGAUGUAUCUUUAAAUAAACUUAAUACGUAUAUAAGAAAAAGGAGAAGGAAAAGUCAAGAAGAAAUGAAUAGUAAUGAUCAUUUUUCAAGAUCAAGUUAUGAAAAAGAAGGAGAGAAAGAAAAGAACAAUAAAAAGAAAAAAAGAAAUGAGAAUGGUUAUGCUUAUGGUGAGGAUAAUUAUAAUGAUAAUAUAUAUGAUAAUUCGGAUGAUAAGCUUUUUAAUGAUUCAUAUAACAAUAUGUAUAAUGAUGAUAUCUUAAAUGAUCAAUCUCGAGAAGAUGUAGAUGUAGACGUAGACGAAGAAGAUGAAUUACAAAAAUAUGUAAGAGAAGAGAAGAAUAAAAUGAAGCAGAUAAUGCCAGAAAAAGAUGAGUUAUGGGAAUUAUAUAUAUAUAUGAAUUUGAAAAAGAAGAAAAGAAAAAUUGAAUAUAAUGAAAAACAAUAUAGUAAUGCGAUGAAUAAAGUUUUUAGUAAUUUAGAAAAUGAAUAUAAAAGUAUAAUUAAGGAAAAAUUGUUUGGGAAAAUUAUAUUUAAAGAAUAUUUAGUUAUAAGUGAUGAUGUAGAAUAUUUUAAAAAUAAUCAUAUUAUGAAUAUCGGGAAAAAUAUGACAAUACCAAUAAUAAAAAAAAAAAAUUUAUUAAGUGAAAUGAAAAGAAAAUUAAUACUUUUAUAUAAUAAAGGUAUUUGUUGUAAUUAUAUAAAAGAGAUUUCUAUAAAUUCUGGAGGAAAAAUAAAUGAACAAACAAAUAGUUAUCAGAAUCAAGAUGGUUCAUCUUUAAGAAUAAAUGAAAAUAUGGAUUAUUACAUAAAUAAAAUACAAGAUAAUAAUUUAAUAAUAGAAAAAGAAAGUUUGAAUUUAUAUUUAAAUAAAUUAUUUGAUAAAUAUUGUAUCAUAGUUCAUAAAAUAAGGACACAUAGACGUAAAGAUUUAAGAAUGAAUUUUAACUCAUUUAUGGAUCUAAUUAAUGAGGUUUUUACAAAAUUAUAUUUUUCUAUACAUAAUAUAUUUUUAACCGAUGAAGAUAUGAAUAUUAAUUUGACGGAUAUAUAUAAAACAAUACGAAGGAAAUAUAAUAUGCAUGAUGUUUUGGAUAAGGUACAAAAGUUGACACACAAAAAAGAAUGUUAUGAACAUUAUCGUUCCUAUUUAUUAUAUAAAUAUAAAACAACAUAUUCUGUGUGUGAUGAAGCAUUUAAAAAUCAUAUAAUGAAUGACAAUAUUAAUAUAUUUAAUUUUAAAAAAUUUUACAAUACUGAUUUUUCAAAGGAAAACUUUACAAUAAUCAAAGAAGAACAAAAAAUCAAUACGAACGACAAUGAUUUCCAUCAUUUUACAUAUGAUCAAAAUAAUGCUGACGAACACACAAAUAUAUUUACGAAUGAUAUAUAUAAUGAAGAUUUCUUUAGUAUAAAUGUUAAUAAUAUGGAAGCCAAAGGAAUCCAACCACCUCACCGUGACACAACGACAGUACCUGAAAAAAGUUAUAAUGCCAAGACGAAGGAUCAUAUUACACCCGUAUUAAAAGAAGAGCAUGCAUACAACAAUAAUAAUAAUAACAACAACAAAAAUAACAAUAAUAAUAAUAACAACAAAAAUAACAAUAAUAAUAAUGAUAAUAAUAACAAUAAUGUUGUUGAAGAAACGCCGUUGGAAAAGGCUAAAAGAAUAGCAAGAGAAAAGAAAAAGCAGCUUAUGAAUAAUCGCGUUAAAAUAAUAUAA